GCUCUGAGUCUCCAGGAUUGCUUUUUUCUUAAAUCAAGUACCCCCCCACCCAUCUUCCUUCCUGCUCUACCCCCUGUCAGCCUUCUAAAUCUUUGGUAGCUCCUUUGAAGAUAACCUAAGCAGGUUUCCAGUCUCAGAAUAAUGUAAUGGGUUUUUUUUCUCUUUAAUCAGGGUAGCAAAUCAGAAAAAGAAUAAUCUUUUUCAAAAGAGGAAUGAGAUUUUUUUUCUUCCAGGAAGAAAAAUUCUUCACAGACCUCUGAAGUCUGUGAUUCUUCCAAGAUUUUCUUUUAUGCCAGUCUUUCUUCCUAACUCUCAGUAAUGGCAUUAAGAAAUCAGAGGAUAAGGGAAAAAUAAGAUACUUCCUAUCAUAACUCAGUUUAAUCCAUGUGCUGUCAUGCUCAGAGUUUACCAGAAGAGAAUCAACUCCAGCAACCUGUGAAGUCAGCUGAAGUCUUUCAACAUUUGGGAUGUAAUGAAGAUCUUGAAUUGAGAGAAGAAAAGAAACCUAAUGAAAGCAUGAUGGGUGUGGAAUAUUUGCAAAACCAGAACUCUUUCAGUAAACCUGAAUACACAGAAAAUAAACUGGAAAUGAACAGAAGAAAAUUAAAUGCAGACAAAUAUGAUAAAAUCAAAACUGAUAGAACAUUUAAGCAACUUCUAAAUUUCAGUGGUCAAGAAAGCCGCAUUAGGAGCAAUAGAGACAGUAAGCUACAUACUGAGCAGGAGACUUUAAUGGGUUUUGGUAAUCAAAAUAAAGAAGAAAAAAAUGGCAGAAAAGAUUGUUUUGUUUCAACUGAAAUCUGUCUGAGUGUGAACAAUGGUCCUGACGAAAUGUUAAAUGAGCAAAUUGCUAAUGGAGAAAGACAGAAAACAGAGUGGAAAUCAAAGAAGUUGCCUGAAGUGGAGAUGAUACACAAAACCACAGGGGAAAAAAAAUCAAGAAAGGCAGGGAGUGAUAUUUCAACAAAGGAAGAACGUGAGAUGCAAUCAGAAACUGAUUUUGAGCUAACAAUGAAGAAAGCUCAAGUAACUUCAGAAACUGCAAAGCAGGCCCUGGGUAUCAGCUCUUAUAAACAGCAACAUUUUUCACAAAGAACUAAUUUUCAGUGUCAGCAUAAAGAACAUUGCUUUACAGAAAGCAAAAGCCAUUAUACUUUAAAAUCUGAAGACAGAGAGUUUCAAGUGUGUGGUGAAAAAGAUGAAUCUCUUUCAUGUACAGCAGAUGCAACAUCUUUAGAGAAAGUUGUGUCCUCUUUGAGAGAGCUGGCAGUGCACAAUGGAAGUGAGAAAACAAAGUUAAUUUUGCAAUCUAUGAGCAAUCCAGGUGUUUAUUGUAAUGUUGAAAGGAAUAUUGACAAAAUGCAGAAAGCAUCUCUGGAUAAAGAUUACUUCCUAGUAGAAAAUGAAAUCCUAGAAAAAUUAAAUUUAAAUUCAAAUAAAGCCAAGAAUAAAGAGCAAGAAAUUUUGGCUCUUUCUUCAAGAAAUAUUUCAGAGAAUCACUGUGCAGCAAAAGUCUCUGAAUCCUAUCUGUUAGAUUUUCAAGUAUCACCACUGCAGAAUGAUCAACAUUUAGGUGCAGAAUUGUUAGGAAAUGCUGGUGAUUUAAAUGAAAAUUUAGGUAUCUCAGGAAUUUUUUCUGGAGGAGAGGAUUAUUUUCCAUUAUCAGAACAUGAACUAGCAAAAAAGCUUUUAAGUCACUAUGAGAAAGUAAGUGUGAAGAAAAUACCACAGGGUAACACUUAUGGUUUGGACAGCAUAAAUAGAAGCGGGAAGAAGCAGAGUGGAGAAGACAGGCUAGAACAGGAUCAGAAAUGCAAAGAUUUAUUGCCAGUUUCAGAAGUAGACAGUAGAGAUGAGGGUAGUAGCACAAAGAUCCCUGAAAAAACCACUGAACUCCAGAAAACUUUUGGUGAAAAAGUAGGCAUAAAAUCUCCAUUUGAAAAAAAAGAAAAGCAAAAACAGAGAGAGAAAGAUAAUGAAGAGAAAAGGAGCACAACUGUUGUUAAGGUACCAGAGUUUUUAUGCAAUGCAAAUGAAAGAGUUAAUCUAAGAAUUAUUCUAAAUCAAUGCAAAUCAACAUUUGAAUCACAAAAUAUGUCAAGGUCAAGUGAUUUAAGAUUGAUUGAGCAUAAUUUAAACAAUGAAUAUUCUAAUCAUGUAUCAAUUACUGUACAUUUUGAGAUGCUUAAGAUUUUUAAGUUCUUAGAAAUUAAUCUUUAUGUUUAUUUUAUGUUAAUAUUUGCCAUCCUUUUCUCCACCCAACUGAUGCUCAGCAUGUUGACUAGAAAAAUGAAAUCUAAGAUGAUGCAGUUUCUUACUGUAUCUAUAUUUUUAGGUCUUCUUUUUCAAGCAUAAUACAUUAGAUUUUGUGUUUAUGUGUGUAUAAAAGAUCUGAUAACAAAUCAAUUUACAUACUUCGUUUCUAUUGGAGGCUGUUCAAAAUUAUAAUAUAGGGAAAUAUGGAGAGGAACUGAAGAAGCUGCCUUUGCAUUAGCCUUUUAAGAAAGAUCUCAGAUACUAUAUGAAAAAUCAAGUAAAUCUGGUAAAUUUUAAGUAGCCCAACGGUUUGUUUGAAAAUGUUGCUAUUGUUACCCUUCAUGCCCUGUUUGUACGAUCAUAGGAAUAUAGGUGCGUUCUUAUUUCAUGUUAGCUCACAUUUGCUAACUUAGCACCACAACAGUGCUGAUGAAGACAAGGUAUGUAUAGUUUCAACCAUAUUAUUACUGAUGAUUAUACUUCUUGCUUUAAAGACUUGCUCUGGAUCUGCCAAUAUAUGGAGGCUACCAGCCAACUGGUUUUCAUUAGGAUUUUCCUAAUUACCAUGUUUACACUUCUGUGUCUACAGUGCAGAGCAGCUGUGCUCUUUAAGUCCCCCAGCUGGGUCACUGGGGGCACUGGGACUGGGGAGCACACUAUGCAGCACAGAUGUAUGGGGGUUUGGAUACUGCUCUUUCUGGAGCUGCUGCAACUUGGCUCUAAGAUACUGUUUCUUUUCUUGGAGGGCAUUUCCAAACUUUUCUUGUGUCAUUUGUGUUUGCAAGCUUAAAUCUUUGUUCCAGCUCCUGCUGAACUGAUUGAGAAAUGGUAGGCCACUUUCUCCUUGGGAAUUCUUGCGCACUGUGUUCAGGUUAUUGUUUGCUCUACCUGUUUGUUGGAAGAGAAAGCCAAAGUGAGCUGUUUGGUGUUGCUUUCUGCUAAGAGGCAUCUAACUGAAGUGAGAAGCUUCAGGAUUUCUUCGCUUUGUGGAUGUCUUUGUCAAGGGUUUCAUAGUUGGCUAAU